AUGGACAGGGUUAAAAAUCUCUAUCAGAAGCUACAAAUGGAACAGAGUACAUUGCUAGGCCCCGUUGUUCCAGGCGCCAUUGUUCCAGACGCCAUUGUUCCAGGCCCCGUUGUUCCAGACGCCUUUGUUCCAGGCGCUAUUGUUCCAGUCGCCAUUGUUCCAGACGCCGUUGUUUCAGGCGCCAUUGUUCCUGGCGCCGUUGUUCCAGGCGUCAUUGUUUCAGACGCCGUUGUUCCAGGCGCCAUUGUUCAAGGCCCCGUUGUUCCAAACGACAUUGUUCCAGGCCCCGUUGUUCCAAACGCCAUUGUUCCAGGCGCCGUUGUUCCAGGCGCCAUGGUUUCAGGCACCAUUGUUCCUGGCGCCAUUGUUUCAGACGCCGUUGUUCCAGGCGCCAUUGUUUCAGGCGUCGUUGUUCCAUUCGCCGUUGUUUCAGACGCCAUUGUUUCAGACGCCGUUGUUCCAGGCCCCGUUUUUCCAGGCGCAAUUGUUUCAGGUGCCAUUGUUCCAGGAACCAUUGUUCCAGGCGCCAUUGUUCCAGCCGAAAUUGUCCCAGGUUCCAUUUUUCAAGGCCCCGUUGUUCCAGGCGCCAUUGUUCCAGGCCCCGUGGUUCCAGACGCAAUUGUGCUAGACGAAAUUGUUUCAGACGCCGUUGUUCCACGCGCCAUUGUUCCUGGCGCCAUUGUUCCAGGCGCAAUUGUUCCAGGCGCCGUUGUUCCAGGCGCCAUUGUUCCAGAUGUCACUGUUCCAGGCCCAGUUUUUCCAGACGCCAUUGUUUCAGGCGCCAUUGUUCCAGGCGCAGUUGUUCCAGGCUCCGUUGUUCCAGGCGCAACUGUUCCAGGCGCCAUUGUUCCAGGCGCAAUUCUUUCAUACGCCGUUGUUUCAGGCACCAUUGUUUCAGGCGCCAUUGUUCCAUGCGCCGUUGUUCCAGGCGCAAUUGUUCCAGACGCCAUUGUUCCAGGUGCAAUUGUUCCCAACGCCAUUGUCCCAGGCGCCGUUCUUCCUGGCGCCAUUUUUCCAAUCCCCGUUGUUCCAGGCGCCGUUGUUCCAGGCCCCGUUGUUCCUGGCGCAAUUGUUUCUGGCGCCAUUGUUUCAGACGCCAUUGUUCCAGGCGCCCUUGUUCCAGGCGCCAUUGUCUCAGACGCCGUUGUUCCAGGCACCAUUGUUCCAGGUCCCGUUGUUCCAGGCGCCAUUUUUCCUGGCGCAAUUGUUCCAGUCCCCAUUGUGUCAGGCGAGAUUAUUCCAGACUCAAUUGCUCCAGGUCCCGUUGUUCCAGGCGCCAUUGUUCCAGGCUCCAUUGUCCCAGGCGCCAUUGUUAAAAGCGCCGUUGUUCCAGGUGCCAUUGUUCCAGACGUCAUUGUUACAGACGCUGUUAUUCCAUGCGCCAUUGUUUCAGACGCCGUUAUUCCAGGCGCCAUUAUUCCAGACGCCGUUGUUCCAUGCGCCAUUGUUCCAGACGCCGUUGUUCCAGGCCCCGUUAUUCCAGGCGCCAUUGUUCCCGGCGCCAUAUUUCCAGGCGCCAUUGUUCCAUGCGCCAUUGUUCCCGGCGCGAUUGUUCCAUGCGCCAUUUUUCCAGGCACCAUUGUUCCAGAUGCCGUUGUUCCAUACGCCGUUGUUCCAGACGCCAUUGUUCCAGGCGCCAUUGUUCCAGGCGACAUUGUUCCAGGCGCCGUUGUUCCAGGUCCUGUUAUUCCAGACGCCAUUGUUCCAGGUCACGUUGUUCCAGGCGCCGUUUUUCCAGGCGAUGUUGUUCCAGGCGCCAUUAUUCCAGACGCCGUUGUUCCAGACAGAAUGGCCCUGUUGUCGUCAACGGGUCAAGUUAUCUUGAGAUAA